AUGCAGGUGCCCGAGACACGCGUGCGACGUAGAGUGUUAGGCCCAGUGACUGAUCACGGAUCGGAUGAGACGGUGGCGGGGAAGAUGGGAGGGACAUCUAGAUCGGUUCGAAAGAAGGCCUGGAUUGCCUGCUGCGGGGCGGCAAUCCGGUUAGUUGGUGGUGGUAGCCUUGGUGGUGGUGGCGGCGUAGGGAUGAGCGUCAAGAGAGAGAGAGAGAGUGUGUGUGAGGGGGAGCUCAGAUCUCUUCCAUCUUACGGUCAGGAUGAGAUGAUCGGCCGGACAGGAGGAAGUGCCGAAAGAAGCAAGCCAUUGCUUGACCGUGACGAGGAACCACCGAUACGUGAUAAGAUUGCGGGUCUUCCUCGGUCGGCGCAGUUUCAGUGCCCACUUUUCACCUGCUGA